AUGUCUGCGGAAUUAAAGCGUAAAGGUGGUUUGGAUGAGCCAGUGUUAGGCUGUAGAUGGAUAAGACAAGUAGAGUUGAUCCAUUGUGGCUUGCAGAGGCUUGAAGCUAUCGAGUCUUCUGAUUCUGGGUCGCUCUUGCCGCCCGUACUUACUCCACUUAAGCUUCAUCUUAUCAAUCGCAACCUCUUGUUCGUGUUUUUCUCUCUUUCUCUGCCGCUAAUCUCUUACAAGACGGGCCAUCCACAGCUAUCAAACCCGCUGGAGCGUCUUGGCGAUCGGCCUCUUCCUCGAAAUACCGACAGAACAUUUGCUGUCCUAAACCACAAGCGAUCCCUGCAAAUCUUACUAUACCCGGUCUUGAAGCUAAGACACCUUGAUCAUUGGGGAAAAGAGGAUCCUACGGCACGUCAAAGCCGGUUCGACCGCCACAAAUUUGCAGGCGAGACAUCCUCCAGUGGACCCUUCAACGGUCGAGAAGCCAUUCUAUGGAUGCAGCAACCAGAGAGAGUGGUCUGA